AUGGAUCCGAAGCCAUCCUAUCCAGACCCCGAGGCAGCUCAUGGAGGAAUGCAUCCAUUUUCCUAUGCAGCCCAACCUCCGAUGCCUCCAGCCGAGCACGCGCACGCGCACAUGCAGCAAGCUCCUGCAGCAAACAUGCGAGGACCUGUCGGUGACGGACAAGAGUAUGGGCAGAUAAACCACAACGGACAAGUAUUCACACAAAAUGGACAGAUUUCAAGAGAAGCUCAGCCCGCCACGCCACAGCAGCUUGCACAACGAGGACUUGACGCAGACCAGAGCCAAGGGCGGAGCAAUGUGGAUUCUUCUGCAAGAAAGAGAGCAAAGGUUACGAGAGCGUGCGAUGAAUGUAGAAGAAAGAAGAUACGAUGCGAUGCCGAGUCGGAGACACCCGGUAUACAGUGCAGUGCCUGCAAACGAGCAGACCAGGUAUGCGAUUUCAGAAGAGCGCCACAAAAGCGCGGUCCAAGCAAAGGGUACAUCAAGGAAUUAGCAGAGCGUGUAAAUAGGUUGGAAAAUUCUGGGGCUACUCCUCCGGAUAUGCAGUAUGCCCCGGUCAUUCACGAUCCAUCCGGUCCAGGGAGCGCUUAUUCUCCGCCGCUUGAAUAUAAUAGACACAGAAAUCAUGGUAUGAUGAUGGGGCAACAAAACUUCGAGCAAGAUCAUCAAGAGCUUCUAGAGUUCUCGCCAGGACAUCGCGGCACUAAUACCGACGCGGCUGCAAAUGGACUUCAAGUGCCUAGAGUCUUGCACCCUACAUCCCUCGUCCAUCAACAAACACGAGACACGUUGAACAACAUGGCACCUGAUCCAUCGGUCUACGAUUACGGCAAGCUCAUCCAACCCUUCUUUCCUGUGCUUGCACGCCAGGAAGGCCGGGUGCAUCACGAACUCGAGAAAGUACCUUCUACUGUUCGUACAGCCCUGCUCCAUGCACGCGAUCUAGCAGUCACCUGUUGUACUUCUGCUCUCAAGCCGGAGGCUUUGGUCGCCCGAGUCACAUCAGAACUCGCAGCCUUGAAAGCAGAGGGACCCCAAGCCCGAACGUGCGAUGCCAAUUUCGCAUACCUUCAAGCUUUGUUCUUCAUGGCCAUCGUCACCGAGAAUAGUGGUCCCGUGCACAGUCGUAACACGUCCUGGAUUGCCGAAGCGGUCAGCAUCGCAACAUACUUGAAUCUGCACCAAUCCCACGCCUUCGAAAUGGGGGGCACAGAGGAUGAAGAUUCUAGCCCAAAGGUAGCUCGGCGCGUUUGGCUGAGCCUGAUUGUGCUUGACCGCUUUCAUGCCAGUAGUACAGCCAGCCCAUUGCUGGUUGCCGAAGAUAGUGCACGUCUGGUUGCAUCCGAUGAGGAUAUUUUGGGACCCGACGCCUACCACCUAGUCCGUAUCUCGCUCGCGCUGGGCCAUGUAUCCCAUGCUAUCCUCUACCAGUACCCCGAGCGCAAUCGUUCCCAUCCGCGCGAGCUUCUCCUUGACCACUUGAUGAAAGGAGAGAUUGACCGCUUAGGUGAAGGUCUGUAUCAGACAUUCCGUCAGGCGCCACACUUAUACCUAGCUUUCGCCCACCUUAAGCUCCUCUCCCUCAGACUUCCUGGAUUUCCCGAUUCAAUAACGACGGAACUCUUGGAUCUCGCUUACACAGUUGUCGAUCAGCUAAGCUCGCCCAUUGGCGGUGUGCGACCAUUGACUCAUCAUUUCGCUGGGCUCGCUGCCAUCACGCUGGCAGAGAACAUGGGCAAUGAGCAAUCUGUGGCCACUUUGCAAAAACUUCGGGCCAUUCUCGACACUGGCUACGUUCGAGAAGACAUCGAAUCGAGCAAAUCUAGGCCUCACAAGACGGUCUGGAAUGUGCCUAUCAGCUCGUUCAUCAGCAAGAAGCUCGGAGAUAGUGCCCCUCAAGCGUCCAAUGACAGCAUGACUUCUCGUGGUGGAUUGCAGCACCUUGCGGACGCUGCGGUGGGCAAUAAUUCCAACGAAGAGGCUACAGAUUGGACUGCGGUGGGUGCCAAGGGGUUCCUGAACGAAUUUGAGUAG